AUGGAGUCCGCUACUACGAGCACGGCGGCAGUUUGCACAAUCUACACUCUUACAUGGGCGAGUUCGGAACUCGUCCGGAUCACAACGUCGUUGACUGAUACCAUCAGGCGUAUGGUGCCAGCUACUUGCAACACCGUAGAUCUCUUAUUCAAUAUCAUCGAGGUCCACUUCUUGAUGGAAGAACUUCGCUUAAAGGCUUUUAAGCUUGCCCGUCUUGCCUGUGAACUCGCCAAGGCUGCUACGGUCAUCACCAACGCCGAUCGAGAUUACAGCGAAGCCGUCUCAAACUCCGAGGAAGUCUUUCACCCUUUUUCACGCCUGCCUACUGAGCUGCGACUUCUUAUCUGGACGAUGGCCGCCCAACCACCAUCCUUUGCCAUAGCUUACUUCAUGUCCUUCGAGGCUACACUGGCCGGCCGAGAACCUGCGGCUCGCUUUAUGGACAACAGGGCAUUGUGGACUACCUGCUGGGAAUCCCGUCAUACUAUCAAACGUGUCUACGAGAAGAACAGAAAUCUGCACAAAGCUUAG